AUGUUAGGAGCGAAGGACGUCGUCGUCGACGGAAUUCCUGUCCAGAUCGGCCCCAGCGUCUCCGAGGAGACCGCGAAAGCGUCAUACCAGGACCAGCGGCUGCGUCGGCGAGGUGCCUUGACGCUCCUUGCGCCGCUCUGGACCUGCUUGAUCCUUGUCAAUUUCCUGCCCGAGCACCAGCAGCGUCCUCUAGAGGUGACAAUCUACGUGCUAUCGGGGGCUCUGCUUCUUGGUGGUGUCGUCUUCCUGGCCACCUGCCUGACGCGCAUGUGCCUCACGACAAACUGGAAAGACAGGGCCGCCGCCACGUUUGGCCGCAGUGGUGGAGCACUCAGCUCCAACGCAGCGUGCGCGAUUUCCUCGCUCUUCGUCAUGGUCGUUGGCGCUCUGGCGUCGACGUGGGCUGCCGCGUCGCUCGCCCUGUUUGGAAUCUGGAAGCUGUUUCUCGAGGACGAACACUCCUGCUCCGACAUUGGCACUUGUAUUGUAUUCAUUUGGUAUUCAUUCAUCAUCGUUCCGAUUCGAUUCCUCGUCAUUCAAUCGGGCUGA